AUGACCAAGCCGCGGCACGUCGCCGGUCGUCGGAUUUCGAAAUCGGCACCGAAACACCCGCCUCCUCCCAGGGUGGCUCGCUGUCCACCCGUCCCCUCGGCCCAGAACCCGGCAGCAACCUCAUUCUCGCACUCGUUUGUGCAGAAGCGCACUUUUCCCGUCACUGUCGCCCUCAUUGGUGCAGGCGACCGCUUCGAGCCGACUUUGCGUGAACAUGGAGCAGUCAUCCAGCGCCUUGAGCAGCAGCCGCAGGUUGUCGUUGUGGAAUCCGUAGCCAGACAGGUGUACACCGACACCCCAGAACAGCUGGCGGCCCUAUGGGACGUCAGCAAGGGUGCGUCGGUCAUCGUCUCCUGCGAGUGGGUAGGCGUCCCGCUUGGCAAAGGAAACCCGAUACCAUUCAAGCCCUUCAUGGUGAAGCUCGAAAAGCUUCCCAAGCCAAGCAAGAGGGCCAAAACCGCCCACUGA